UUAACACAAUUUUGUUAACGCAAAAGCAAAAAAAAGUGUACAAAAUUAAUGGUCACUCUAAAGAUGCAACCAUUGGUUAUCGAUAACAACGAAAUUGAUAAGUGCAGCGUGAUUAAUUGGGUUGGCAGCAUCGUGCAUAUUAUAUUUUGUUGGUAUUAUUUGUGGUAUAAUUUAGUAUUCGUUUACGGUAUUGCGGCGUCUGCCUUUACAAAUACUUUUUUUUUACAAAAUAAAAAUGAAAAUAUUCUAUUCAUGCACUCGAGGAAAGCUGAAAAGUUAAGUCAACGGGUGUGCAAAUAUGAACAUAUUUCAAAAUGUGCAAUAGCGUUUUACGCGGGAGUCUCUUGAUUUUGUUGUUAGUCUCAGCUGCAGACAACAAACAACCUUGAACAUUUGUUGAGUGUGUGUGUGCAUGUGUAUUGUGUGUAUAUAAACAAAGUGCGAACGCGGGAACUGCGACUGUUAUAAAUUUUGUGAAUUGUCCAGUGUUUUAAAUAUGUCUACUGUACGUUGCAUAAAUUUUUGGGACUUGUGUCGUAUUUGCACGGCAAGCAGUGAACACAAAAUUAACAUCUACUCACCCGAAGGUCGCGCCAAAAAUCUUGGUCACAAAAUCUCCGAGUGUCUCCCAGUGCAAAUCAAUGAGAAGGACCGUCUUCCCAAAGUGGUCUGUGGCCAGUGCGCUCAGCAAGUGGAACAAAUGUACGAGAUGCGUAACAUUUCAAAGAACUCACAGACCAUACUUAGCAACUGGCUUAAUCAUCGCUCACUGCAAUGUGAAGACAAGGUUUUCAUUAAAGAUGCCGUCAAUGAAUCUGGCAAGAGUCUUAAUGUGGUUGGCCAAGCUGCCUCCGGCGGACAAGUCGCAGGCGGUAGCGGAGUCGGCAGUUAUCAGAACAACGAUCUGCUGAGCAGCAUCAUGCAGGCUGUUGGCAUGCAGGUGCAGCAACAACAGCCCCAGCAGUAUACGAUCACUGUUGAUAAUCAAGUCCAGGCGCCACCGCACCCACCCCCAGUGAUGCCUCAAGUCCAGCCGGAGGUCAAGAGCGAGAAACAAAACACUCUCGAGGAAUUUAUCCGUUUGAAGCCGGACAUCAAAAUCACUCCUCUUAGCAAAAAGGAGACCUCCGCUCAAGGUGUCACAACUUCCAUAUCCCAAAUUAAACAGCAGCAGACGCAACCACAGCAACAACAGUUGCAGGCGCAAACUUUAACAGCAGUACCGGCUCCAGCUGCUCAGAUCCAAUUGCAACCACAGCAACUUAAUGAGCUCAAUGUGUUACUGCAGCAACAAGCGCUUAUCCAGCAACUUCAGCAGCUACAAGCGCAGACACAGACACAAUUCACAAACUGCGCCGAUGAUGCAAUGAGUUCCGUAGACAAUAAGAAACCUAAGCUGAAUUUUGUGCUUUCUUCGCCAACUGCAACUCCACAAUUUGCAAGUAGCCUGCAGCAAUUUGGUGGUGUCACAGGUACACAGCCCCAAAUUCAGCUUCAGCUUCUGCCAGGCGGAGUUUCUGGCAACACAGCGUCCUCAAGUGGUAUUACAGCAACGCAGCCACCCCAGCAGUUUAAUGCUGCAGCUCUGCUGUCCAGUCUGACGGGAAGUCAAGUUGUUGGGGGAAAUGCAUCCGUCAAUAUGCUGUCGCCGAAUAAAUGUUUCUUGCCGAUAACAAUACGUGAUGAGAAUUCGGAUCAGCAAAUUGUGGCGCAUAUAGACACCAAGAAUCUUAUGUUGCCCACUACAUAUCAAGUCCAAAUGAAGCUGCAGCCGCAAUUAGCCACUGCGGAUGGCCAGCCAAUAAUGCAGUUGACACCUACCUCCAUUCCGGCUACGCUGCAAUUGACACCACAAACUAGUUUUCAGCCAGCAGCAGUGUCACAGCCAAAUCAGUUGCUUAUGCCGCAGACACAACCGCAGCUGCAACCAAAUCCCCCACAACAGCAGUUGCAACUGCAACAACAAACCCAACAGCAAUUGCCGCCACAGCAAACACAUCAACAACAAUUGGCACCAACACAGGCGCAAGUCACCUCACAACAAAUCAUAAGAUCUCCGCGAGCCAACGUCGUCAACCCUCAAUUGGUCAUCAGGAAUGUUGGCACUGAGUUAAACACGCCUGCAAGCAGUAGCGCUACAGAUGGUUCAGUCAUUUUCAAGACGCCUUCGCCCCGACAGCAACCAGCUCAGCAACAGGUUAAAUUUAAAAGCACACCGUCAAGUGUUUCAUCGAAUAAUGCUGGCAACUUGGAGCUCAACAAACGGCCUGCGUUGGUCAAACAGCAGCCAACAAUUGCAUCCAGUAAUGUGGCUGCUCUCCAACGACUUUCAUCGCAUACAACAAUUACCAAACUAACAAAACCACAGUCGUCUGGAGCUAGCAACAAAAUGCCCUUGUUAACUAAGCAGAAUAUAACUAUAAGUCGCAUUCCAGCCCAAGCACCGGCCAAGCUUGAUUCAAAGGUUGGAUUAACAGCGACACCUCAAACUUCUGUGUCAGCUUCAACUCCAGCACCAACACAAGCAUCCCCUAAGUCUCAGUCAACACCACCGCCAGCUUUGGCUCUACAGGUUUCACAGCCAAGUGCUGUAGUCACAAGUAUUGCCAACCAAAGAAAAAUUACUCGAAAGCCGCCAGAACAACAACCGAAUCAGCGAUCAAAAACCGGGCGUCCUCAGCAACAGAUUUUACCUGUGCCCGCCCAGCAAACGACAACACAGCCUCCGCAACAACACCAGCCGGUAACGAAUAGUUUAGUAUGCGAUACGUCAACGCCGGCAUCAGCACCAGCACCAGCUGGUGGUGUACCUUACCUUAAUCUGACCUGUCCCACCUGCCUACGCGAGUUCAAGAAAAAGGAACACCUCACACAACAUGUGAAGCUACAUGCAGGUCUUCGACCCUUCAAGUGCACAGAAGAUGGUUGUGAUAAAGCAUUCAGUCGUAAGGAGCACUUAUCCCGUCACCUGGUAUCGCACUCUGGCCAAAAAAUGUUCACCUGUGAGGAUUGCAAGAAGCCCUUUUCACGCAAGGAUAACCUCAACAAGCAUAAACGUACGCACAGUGCACAACCUAGUGAGAUCCGAUUGCACAGUUGCGAAAUUUGCAAUAAAAACUUUGCAUCGAAGCAACAUUAUGAAAAGCACCGCGCGAUGCACAAAAAAACGCGUCUGGAUAAUCCACCAGCAAACACACAGGCUACAAGAGGUGAACAAGAGGCUGCCAAGUCGCAAGAGGUGUAUGAGGUGAAAUCGACAGAAUCCGCACCGCCUCAAACUCAGCAUUCUCAGACACAAAUCCAGCAACAACAGCAGCCACAAAUUAUGCACGUGGAUCUUGAUGGUAGUACGAUAACAAUCACGCAGGCAUCCGAUUCGAAUAUGCAAACAUCAUUGGCUAAUUUUGUUCAACUAGGCUUUUCCCAGUUUCAAAACUCGAGCGGCCCAGCAAAUCAAAUAGUUUGUAAACUUGAAAAGUAAAAAUUAAAUUAAUUAAAUUUUAAGCUCGAA